CCACAGCGCCCUCUGCUGUUGCUCCACAGUUCCUUUUCCUGCAGUUCCAGUUAACUGACGACGAAGCGGGCGGUGGGAUGCGGGUGCCAGUCGGCACUGGUGUGUCACCCUUCUGAAGCUGAGCUGCGAGCAGAUCUGCUGUCUUCUCCGUCACUGCCACCGUUUAUCCCGCUGCUGUGCCAACAGUGAUGGACGAGGACGAGCUGCCGUCUGAGGGCACAGCGAGGAAGUCGCGCAGAAUCUCAGGUCUGUGACUUUGUGCUCCGCGCCUCUGCACAGGAAACAAGCGCGUAGAGUGAAGGAGUGAAGAGAGAGAGAGAGAGAGACGGACGGACAGCGGCGCCCGCAGAGUGAAGCUGCCGCGCGGCGGGCAAGUCAGCACUGGCCGCCUUUUGGACACGCGCGCCGCCCUCCCUCGCGAAUGCCUUUCUGCGCGCGUACGGACAGCUGCGUCUCCUCGACGGCUCUUGGGCUGCGGACACGCCGUUGGAAGGCAUGGGGCUCGUGAGCGGGACGCGCCUGGAAAGUGGCGCCCGCUGAAGAAGAAGAAACGACGCCGUCGUUUUUGUUUUUUGUUUAUUUUUUUUUUCGAUUUCCACUCGACGCCAGCGUCUUCAGUGGAGCGCGACAGCCGUCGAACCAGAGAAUCGUCUCCUAAGAACUCGUCUCCGAAAGGCCGCAGCAGAGAUGACGGCGCUUUACCACAAAGACUACGUGCUGGUGGAGUACGAGUUUCAGUACACCGGAAGAGAUGGGGAUCUGAUUUCCAUCAAGCCCAACGAGAGGUACAUCCUCCUGUCCAGGACUAAUGACCACUGGUGGCACGUGCAACGGGAGGACAACACCAAGCCCUUUUAUGUUCCUGCCAAGUACGUCAAAGUGCUGCCCGCCCAGAAACAGCAAACUGUGGACCUCCAGCCUGCUCACGAGGACUUGACCUCCUUUGGUAGAAGGGAGCAAAAAACAGCCACCGAUAUUGGAAGUGAGCACGCCAGCGAUGGGCAGGUCACCUUACGCGCUCACUUGAAUGUCAAAGCCCACGAGAACCGCAUGUCCACAUUUGGUAUCCCUCAGAACAUUAACAUGGGCCGGCACCGUUUGCCAAACAACGAAUCUGUCAUUGCACUGAAGCCCGUCACUUCUGACGCCAACCUGUCACCCCUUUGCUUGAAGGAGAAGGUGCCCCAGGAGAGCAAGCCUUACUCUGUUAAACGCCACAGCCUCGAGCCCACCAUCCUCUCCGAGUCCAAAGAGCCCGUGGCCGAGCUGUACACACAGAGUGCCCGCGCCCGGGCAAGCUACAACCUGGAAUUUCCCCCCACGAUACAAGUGGCAGGCAGCGUUCGACCCUCCAGGUCCACUGGCAGUCUGCUUUUUGAACAAGCGGACCGAAAUGCCAGCGUGCAGAAGGAGAAUCAGCCUCCCUUGGGGACCUCCAAAGCGGGAAAGACGCGCAUCAGCUCAGAAAGGAUAUGUGAGGCAGAGAACAUUUACGAAACCAUCCCAGACGUGCUGGACCUGCCGGCCAAGAGGAAGUCGACUGCUAAGGCAAGGACAGCAAAAGAAAAUCCAAGCACUUCUGUAUAUGCAAAUGUGGAAGAUCUAAAACAGAAGUUUCCUCUUCCCUCCAAGAUCCCGUUAUCUCCUGUGGCCCGCAGGCACUUCUCAGAAACCUCUGAAUGGGAGGUGCACACUGACAAGCAGAGUGGCCAGGAAUUUUACUACAACCCAGGGACUGGUGUGACCACUUGGGACAAUCCUUUUAGUGAUCAAGAAGACCCCCCAGAGGAGCCACGAUCCCCUUCGCCUUCAGGCAGCUUAGUUUUUCCAACAUGGGAAAAAGUCCUUGACGAGGCGAGUGGACAGUAUUAUUUUUACAAUCCAGUGUCUGGUGAAACAUCUUGGGAUCUACCUGAGGAGGAAGGACCAGGACCUGUGCACGGAGGAAUGGAGGAGGAGCAGAAGCCCUUUCAGAGGGACCAGCCGCCCCCACUUCCUGAGGAGGACUACCCCUUAACUAAUGAAGAACCACCUGAAGCCAUUCCAGAGCAGGAGCGGCAGUCUCCGUCUUCUGUACGUGAGGAUCUGGGCUAUUCGUCAUUUACGAGGGAUCGCAUACCUCAUGCGACAUUCACCCUGGAAGCUCCUGACGGCUGGUCCUGCAGCAAAGGCGAGGAUGGAAAUCUCCAUUAUACCAAUAACUACACCCAGGAACAGUGGGUGAGAUCAACUGAUGAGCGCGGAAAGCCCUACUUCUACAGUGCAGACGGAACAAAAUCUGAGUGGGAGUUACCUGAGAUUAUACCACCGCAGUCAACAAUCAGAAAUGGAUUUGACUUUGAUGGCGGCUCCGUGUUUAAGAAUUGGCGCCACACCAUGUUUGUCCCCAUCUCACAGACGGCACAAGAGGACAACAAGUUCUUCCCCGUACACAGGAGAAACACAUCUGAUCACCUCUACGAAGAGUACGGCUCUGGAAACUCGGCUGAAUUUACGCAUCAAGAGCAUAAAAGUAGGCAUAGGAGAAACGCAUCUGAUUUCUCUGCACAGCUUGCUCUGGGACAUUCCAGGGAGAUCCUCCAACCUCAUUCCAAGACUCUGGAAAAAGCUGGCGUUCUGAACAAGACAAAAGUGUCAGACAGUGGGAAAAGGCACAGGAAGAACUGGGCUUCCUCAUGGACAGUCCUACAGGGUGGAAUACUCACAUUUUAUAAAGAUCCAAAGACUCAGCCUACUGGCACCGCGAAGCAGGUGUCAAGUCAAAUCGUGCCGGAGUUCACUGUGGAACUUCGAGGUGCUUCGAUUUCCUGGGCAUCCAAAGAAAAGUCGAGCAAGAAGAACGUGAUUGAGUUGAGAUCUCGGAAUGGUUCUGAAUACUUGAUACAACAUGACAAAGAGUCCAUCAUUGGAGACUGGUAUAAAAUGUUAGCAGAGACAAUCCGGCACCUUGGCCAGGAUAACAAUUCUGAAGAAGAAGAAAAUGCAAAUGAUCCCUUUGGAAAUGAAAAGUCACCAAGUGCCGUGGACAAUGACGAGAAAGACAGGAGAGGCCGCACAGCAAGAAACCAAAGCGUCUCGAGUAUUAAUGUGGAUCAAGAUCAAAAGAAGGUGCGCACAAAACUGAGAAAAUUCCUUCAGAGACGACCGACGUACCAGUCUGUAAAAGAAAAGGGCUACAUCAAAGAUCAAGUUUUUGGUUGCCAUCUAAAUACGCUCUGUGAGAGGGAGAAUUCUACAGUGCCCAGCUUUGUGAAAAAGUGCAUAGAGGCAGUGGAGAAACGAGGUUUGGACAUUGAUGGAAUUUACCGGGUUAGUGGGAACCUGGCUGUCAUUCAGAAGUUACGCUAUAAAGUAGACCACGAGGAGAACCUUGACUUGAAUGAUGGGAAGUGGGAGGACAUCCAUGUUAUAACUGGAGCCCUUAAGCUUUUCUUCCGAGAGCUGCCAGAGCCCCUGUUUCCGUUUAGCCACUUUGAGAACUUUAUUGCUGCGGCUCAAAUCAGAGAUGCAACCCAGAAAAGCCAAUAUAUGAGAGAACUGGUAAACUCUUUACCUCAGCCUAACCUUGACACAAUGAAGACCUUGUUUGAACAUUUAAUAAGAGUUACUCAGUUUCGAGAAAAGAACCGCAUGUCGACGCAGAGUGUGGCCAUUGUCUUUGGACCCACACUUCUGAAAUCUGAAGAGGAUUCGAUCAACAUCACCCUUCACAUGGCUUGUCAGAACCAGAUUGUGGAGUACGUCCUCAAAGAAUAUGACGAGAUAUUCCAGGACACAUGAACGAUGGGGAACUGUCAUGGUGUGAGAACUGCAGGUUUGAGAGACGUUCUGGAAGACGAAUUGAGGCGCAGGUACGCCACAAACUGCUGAGCCCAUGACUGCGUUAUGGCAGUGCGUGUGUGUGUAUAUAUAUAUAUAUUUGAGAUCAAUUUAUAUAGAAAUGUGAGUGCGGAUGUACGUGUAGUUCAUGGGAGUGCAUACGAGUACCAUAUGGAUGACAGACAGGACAAAGGAAAUUCAACGGAUGUGAUACAGUUGUUGCUUUUUUUUUUUAUCCAUGUUUUAAAGAUAAUUUGUGUGUUUGUUUCCUUAAAACGUUUGCCACGUGCACAUGUAACUUUUAAUAGUCUUGGAAGCAAUGGGCUCAUGAGAAGUGAGUGCACUUGCAGGCUUGUAUGUCUGUGAACAGUUUGGAUGUAAUAACAUUUAAAGACACACAAACACACCCAAGGCACAGUUUGCACCGUACGCUUGUUAUAAAAGCAUUCAAAAAUAUUUAUGUAGAUAUACGAAGAGCGUUACAUUUUUCGCCUUCUUGCCCAUCGUGUUGGCCGUUUGUGCCCAUUUACGAUUAUGUGCGCGUUUUGCAGGUCUUUGCACUUUCCUUUAACCUUCAGGCGGCUGUCAUUACAAAUAAUAAUAAAGUAAUAAUCUGGCGCUGAGAAUCCCGGGUAGUCUUCUGGAGACGCGUGGAAUACCAGAGCCAGUAGAAGUCAGGAAUCAUGUUGCUGUGUCCCCUCCUGCUCUGCUCCCUCCAGUUCAGCUUCGCUUCCUGUUUCCACUUCCGUUUUGGAGACUCGCAUUGCUGCCGAUAAAUGAAGGACGUUCUGGACGUUGUCGAGUCUUUAUAAUCGGGUGUUAAUCUUGAGGAAAGCCUCACAUCCCACUCUGUCUUUAAGCAACGACGUGUGAAACUGACUUUUCAACAAGUGAUAUUCACUCCGAUGCUUUGUUUUAUCAAAGCACUACUUUCAGUAAUAUGAGGCAUUUUAAGUGACCUUUUUUUUUUUUUCUUGGGCAGGCCCCUUUUUUUGUUAUGCUUUUCCUUUGUUUUUUUUUAUUGUUAUUGUUUUUUUUUUUACUUCUGCUUUAUGGCAUUCCACAAAAUAAAAUCAUUUCCUUAUUAUUUUAAACAAACGUGCCUUGAUGCAGGUGUGUAGUACGCGUCACGUGGACUGCAUUUGUCCUUCUCAGACUGUUGUUCCCCUUUAUUUGUAGAAACUGAACUUUCUUUUGGAUUCAAAGUGGCGGCUCUUUCAGUUAUAAACUGAUAGGAAUUUAGAAAGCUGCCGUGGUGUUUGGGGGGAAACUUUUGUGCCUGACCAGCAAGUCGUCUCCUUUCUUAGACCCUCUAGUCGUGUCAAAGGGCCACGGAAAUCUUUAUGAACGAAGACGGACGAGACGUCCUCCCUGAAUCGCUUGAUUGUGGACUUUUAUGUCUGAUUUCCGUCGUCGGGCGCCACUCCUCGGGCCCAGGACUGCUGUGCGCCUUCAGACGUGCGGAGGGGGCCGCACUUUGACGUGGCUCUCGUGUCAUAGCCAGUAGCGUUCCUCACAAACAACGCCUUGAGAUGUCCUAUCACGGGCUUUGAAGUGAAGAAUAAUGAAUAUGGCGGGCAUUCCUCAAAUAUUAGUGAAAACCAAAGAGAACACACAAUGGCCAUAGUGUAUGUGACUAAGGGAAGCUUCCAGAAGCUGCUGACGAGCAGGUGGUCUCUGUCUGGUCAGGGCUGCUGCACACGGACACUCCAGUUAUAAGGUGUAAGGAGCUCCUGUGAUUGUGUCACAAGUGUGGUGACAUAUGACUGGUGCUCGAUACGAUGGCACCCUCUCCUCAUUUUUGUGAACUCAAUCAUUCAAAUCUUUGUAAAUCAAUGCAUUCAUUGAUUACUCCAAUUGACCCACCCAGGGAGUUGUGCCACACAGAAUACCACGCUCAUCUUAUUCUAUCGAUGUUAAUUAAAGAGGAGGACUAAAGGAAUUCCUCUGAGCCUACGUUUCUUUUCUUUUGUUCUUUUCUGUGUAAUGUCAGCAUCCACGCAAAUCAACGUAACUGGUGAGCCUCCAAAGCGGACCAACAAGGCCAGGUGAGUGAGCUGCCUGUUGUCCAUUUGAGCUCAUUCUUCUCUACAAUUAAACCGUCUCCUUAUUUAUAGAUAUAUAUAUAUAUAUAUAUAUAUAUAUAUAUAUAUAUAUAUAUAUAUAUAUAUAUCGUUUGCACUGCCAUUCAUCACCAAAGAAAGAAGGCCUUGUGGAAUACGUGUGCUGCACUCCAGCCGCUUGCCUGUGUUACGUUAAUUCUGGGAUCUCGAGACCAAAGAUGUUUCUUUUCUCUCCUCCGCAUCAAAUCCUUUCUAUACAUUCAUUUUAAGAAUGUUUGUCAACCUUUCAAAGAUGCGUUUUUAUUAAGACCCCCCAUUGAGUAACCACUUCAUGUAACAUCUGUAUGAGCCGAGAGAAGAGAGAGCGUGUGGGUCCACACCUGGUCCCUGGCUCUCGGACACGGGGGACGCCAUCUGGGACAAUUGGAGUUGUCAGGUGAAGUGCGUUUAACUGUGCGCUUAUUGUCAUCCUUUGAGCUUCCACAGUUCAUUACUCUGCGCGCAUAUUAAAGACAUUUAGAUGACGUGAUGGUGCAGCGUGCGUCUCACUGGAGGGACUUCAACCGGGGCUGCUCCGGAGGUCUGGCUGGCUGCAGAUGGCCCUGCCCGACCUUCAGACCUGAUAGCUCCUCUCAUCAGAGGGGGUCUGCCAGCCUCGACUCCGACACACACACACACACACACGUGUUUUAUUACUGUGUCCUGUUCAUUCCUCCGCGACGCUGUUGACACACAAUAAGUCUGCAGACAUUACGUGUAAAAAA